AGGAUGGCAGAAGGUCCACAUCCCAACUCCACCUUCCCACGCCCAACCUUCUUCAUACUGACUGGCAUUCCAGGGCUAGGGGGUGCCCAGGCCUGGCUGACACUGGUCUUUGGGCCCAUGUAUCUGCUGGCCCUGCUGGGCAAUGGAACACUACUGGCACUGGUGCAGAUAGAUUCCACACUGCAGCAGCCCAUGUUUCUACUCCUGGCCACACUGGCAGCCACAGACUUGGGCUUAGCUACAUCUAUAGCCCCGGGGUUGCUUGCUGUGCUAUGGCUCGGGCCCCGGCCUGUGCCAUAUGCUGCCUGCCUGGCCCAGAUGUUUUUUGUGCAUGCACUGACUGCUGUGGAAUCUGGUGCGUUGUUGGCCAUGGCCUGUGAUCGUGCUGUGGCGGUAGGGCGUCCACUGCAUUACCCUCUCCUGGUCACCAAAGCCCGUGUAGGCUAUGCAGCACCGGCACUGGCACUGAAAGCCGUGGCUAUUGUCGUGCCUUUCCCUCUGCUGGUGGCGCGAUUUGAGCACUUCCAAGCCAAAACCAUAGAUCAUGCCUACUGUGCACACAUGGCAGUGGUAGAGCUUGUGGUGGGCACCACGUGGGCCAACAAUUUGUAUGGGCUGGCGCUUUCACUGGCCGUGUCAGGUAUAGAUCUCCUGGGCAUCACUGCCUCUUAUGGGCUCAUUGCCCAUGCUGUACUGCGGCUGCCUACCCGGGAGGCCCGGGCCAAGGCCUUUGGCACAUGUAGUUCUCACAUCUGUGUCAUCCUGGCCUUCUAUGUACCUGGUCUCUUCUCCUACCUCACACAUCACUUUGGUCGUCACACCGUCCCAAAGCCUGUGCACAUUCUUCUCUCUAACAUCUAUUUGCUGCUGCCACCUGCCCUCAACCCACUCAUCUAUGGGGUCCGCACCAAGCAAAUCAGGGACCGGCUCCUGGAAACCUUCACAGUCAGAAAAAGCCAGUUCUAA